CAGCACCAACAAGCCUUCGCGCUAAACGUUAAGAGAGGUUUCAAGAGCGUCUCGUGCAUACGCACCUGCUUUCUUGGAGACAUCCGGGGAGACGGGUGAGGAGAUGGCAAGCGCAGUUUUAUAUAUAUUUGGUGUACGGCAUCGAACGCCAACCACUCAUAUGAUGCUUCUCCUAACAAAAUCCAGUGGGAUCUAAUAAACCAAAAGCACUGCACCCUAGUCAACUCCUUCAGAUUAGAGUUCGGGAACCAUGGAUCCAUCCUCCUCCAGACAACAGUACGGCUCCAAAAAGCGAGUCAAAAUCCACCCCAGCAGCGUCACGGUGAAGUACGCCACCCACUUCCCUCAGCCAGGUGAAGAGGGCUACGACGACGCGCCCUCCUUCGAGGACUUCGGCUCCUUCAUGGACCAGACCCCCGGCAAGCGCCUGGUGCCAGAGGGCGGACAGGGCAGGACUUUGUUUGGCACCAUGGACACGCGGCCGCCGCGGCCCCCCGGAGGCGGCGCCGGCGCCAGCGCCGAGGACAUGCGGGACAGAGGAGUGGGCGGUCAGCUCCAGAGCUUCGGCGAGGCCUCGGUGCUGGCCUCGCGCGUCACCUGGGGCGCCCUGUUCGGGGCGGCGGUGGCCCACGGCUGCGUGGCGCUCAUCACGCGCCUGGCGGCCGACCGCUCCAACGUGCCCUCCCUGGAGCUCAUCUUCAUCCGCUCGGUCAUCCAGGUGUUUUCCGUGGUGGUGGUCUUCUACCGCAAGGAGGCUCCCUUCGGCCCCAAGGGCUACCGCCUGCGGCUCUUCCUCUACGGCGUGUGCAACGUCAUCUCCAUCACCUGUGCGUACACCUCCUUUGCCAUCGUGCCGCCCAGCAACGGCACCCUCAUGUGGCGCGCCAGCACCACCGUCUUCAGCGCAGUGCUCGCCUUCCUGCUGCUGGAGGAGCGGCUGGGCUACACGGACGUGGUGACGGUGGUGGGCAGCGUCUUCGGCCUGUGCCUGGUCAUGGUGCCCAACAUCGCCGACGAGGACAAGUCGCCGCUGGGCUUCUGGAAGGAGGCCUUCGGCUACACCAUGACGGUGAUGGCGGGCUUGACCGCCGCCCUGUCCAUGAUCGUCUACCGUGCCAUCAAGGACCGGGUGAGCAUGUGGACGGCGCUCUUCACCUUCGGGUGGACGGGCACCGUGUGGGGCGCCUCCACCAUGUUCGUCAUGCAGGAGCCCAUCAUCCCUCUGAACGGGGAGACCUGGGGCUACCUGAUCGGCAUCUGCAUCUGCUCCACCGUGGCGUUCCUGGGGGUCUACUACGCCCUCAACAAGUUCCACCCGGCGCUGGUCAGCACCGUCCAGCACCUGGAGAUUGUGGUGGCCAUGCUGCUGCAAAUGAUCGUGCUGCGCAUUUUUCCGUCCACCUACGACGUGCUGGGCGCUCUGGUGAUCAUGGUGAGUGUGUUCGCCCUCACCGGAGUCAAGCUCUACUGGGUGGGCCGGGCCAUACGGCAGGACUACCAAGAGAUCCUAGACUCUCCGAUUAAGUGAUGAACACUUGGCAUCCCUAGAUGUGUGUGUAUUUGGUAUCUGUCUGGAUUUGUGUGUGUGUGUGUGUGUGUGUGUGUGUGUGUGUGUGUGAGUGUGUGUGUGUGUGUGUGCGCGUGUGCGUGUGCAUAUCUGUGUGCAUUGUUGAUGUGUACAGUAUGUGUGUGUAUGUGCUAGAAUGAAAGUGAGUGUGUAUGUUUGUAUGUAUGUAUGUAUGUCUGUACAAUGUAUGUGUUUACUUGUUUGCUAAUCAAUGUGCAAUCAAUGAAUGUCUGAAAUAUCAUCUAUUUAUUUUAUAUUGUGAACAUGGUGUUGAAAGAGUGGCAAUUGUGUAAAGUCUUUGCUAAAUGUUAUUGCGUGACAAAAAUAAAAAAUAAACAUGUUCCAUGA